UCUCUUUUUUUCUUUAUUUCAUCGAGUACUUUUUUUGUUUGUUUGUUUCAUUCUUAUUACAUCUUGGCUUCUCUGGAUUAGUUUACUUUCUUGCUCUCCUUGACUCAUUUUGCUUCCAGUGCGUUCAUGCUUGAGAUGCGCUAAGGAUGGGAUCUAAUGAGGCAGAGCCAUUGGUGUCUGUUGCCACGGUUUCCGGAGAGGGAGCGGGAGAUGAAUAAUGGUUGUUGAUUAAAUCAGUACCGGCUCCUCCCAACCAAGAACUAAGCUCCAUCACGGGUGAAUGAUCAGGAAGGAAUGUUCUCAGUUUAGUGUAGUUUUAUACCCUACUUAUAAAAAAUGACUUGUGAACCCUGAGUGGUGGAAGUGAUUCUGGUACAUCAAUUAGGAAGACAGGAUUCAUGAUUUGGGGGACACGGGGCAAGUGUUUCGAGGCCGCCUACAGAGGCCUUCCCUUACCACCCUAAUUAAUUAGCAUUGCCAGCACCACACCCCAGGCGCUUCCGAUUCCACGUAUCCGUUCCAGAGUCUUUGGGACCCUUAUCAUCCAACAUCACUGUUUUCCUUGCUCACUUCCUGUUCCCCACAGAGCACAGGCUGCCUGAGGGGAGGGUCCUAUGGGUCCUGCUCACACGUGUCUCCAGGGCGCAGCACCACACCUAGCAGAUCGUAGAUGUUGAUGAAAUUUGUUGAACAAAUGAAUGAAUAAGUGAGGCUCCUUAUGUGUUACAUUAAAUUUUCUCUGCGUCUGUUCAUGGUGUGUCCACUUCGUCAGCUUUCUGAGGUCUGUGCGUGAACACCAUGAAGAAGAACAACAGGAAGUCUACCGCGAGGACCCGUGAGCAGGAAGCCUUCCGCGUCCCACCCUUGCAGGGUCCAGGAGGGUUCCGGAACAAGCUGGAUGGCGGGGAGUACGCCCCUUUUGUGACUCCGCCCAUGUUAGAGGGCAACUUUAUCCAGGUCAACAGGAGGGGUGAGUCCAUCUACCUGCAUAACCGAGCCAACUGGGUGACAGUAGGCAUCUGCUCUUCCAGACACAGCCCCAAGACCCCCAACAUGAUGCUGCUCGCACAUCUGACCCCCACCGCCAGGAAAGAUACAGAACCCCUGUUUAAAAGUCUCCUGACGUCUCAUGUUCCUGAGAAACUGGUGCUCACCAGGUUCCUCCCCCUGCAGUUCGUGACUCUGUCUGUACAUGACGCAAAGACGAUGCGCCUCAAAGUAAAGCUGGUGAGUGGCCGAGCCUACUACCUGCAGCUCUGCGCCCCUGCAUACAAGCAGGACGCCUUGUUUUCUCAGUGGGAGCAGCUCAUCUCCCUCCUGAACCAGGAGAGAGGCAGAGCUUCCAGAGUGUCGGAAGUCUCAAGCCUCUCGGAAAUCACAAACAGCACAGACAUCACGGGCUCGGUGGACAUCAUGGACAUCGCAGGGUUCACGGCUCUACAGGCCCCACACGUGCACCCAGGCCCAGACCCAGCACACGCCGUAGACAGCCCCGAGUUCUCGGAAUUAACCGUCGUCACCGACAUCACCGACGUGACAGAUGUUCCAGAAAAUGAGGUCGCCGAGGCCCCAGACAUCAAAAUUUUCACAGAAGUCACAGAAGUCACAGACCUUCAUGAUGUCACAAACAGUUCGGAGGUCAAAGUGGUGUUUGAAAAUGACGACAUACUAAGGGCCAAGGAAAAGGAAAAAAUAGAAAACAUCCUGAAGCCUGACUGUCUAGGAGGUAUAGAAAGUAAGAAUGCGUCCAAAGCGUGCUCAGAGCACAUCAACAUCUCAAAUGCAACACUGACUUUUGAAGGCGAAAGAUAUUUUCAUACUACCUUGACCCCAGGAGAAAGUGAGACAAGUACAUUCAAAGAGAUGGGUGAUAAAACCUCAGAAAUAACGUCAACUGGUUUUAAAAGCACAGCUCUCAAGGCUGAAGAAUCCAGGAACACAAGAACCGAUGCAAACACUUCAGGUAGGGAACAAAUUCCACUACAUCUUUGAAAUCCCUGGUGUCCGGGAGUCACCUCUGGGUCCUGGAACAGAGUAGUCGAGAGCAAAGGAAUCGAACAAGAUGUUUUGAUGCGCCCCCUGCCCUGCCUUUGCUCCCUUCGGAGGGUUUCCCACUGCGGAAGCGCUUCGCAAGCCUGUCCUCGUGCUGUCUGUCAAGUGGGAGGCAUCUCUUCACGUUUUUCUGUCUGGUAGAGAUCAGUUUCCUAGUUCCCAGUAUCUAACUCUCUGGGCAUGAACCACUCCCAGGCUAGCUCUGCAGGCAGAACCCAAACAAUAGGGCCCCUUGUCCUUGCUGAUUUGGAAGGGGAGGGUCCACACUAAAUCUCUUGGUAAAUCUGAAAUCAUCUGGCCCCUCUUUUCUUCCUACUGUCAGCUUUGGCCUCUGCUUUGCUGUCAGGUGAUAGCAUUUAACGUUUUGUUUGGCAGUUUCUUCUUUACAAAUUCUCAUGUCUCAGGAUUUUAAAACUGUAACACAAGCUUCUAAUGUGGGGGUUGUCCUCCAGGCACCAGUGGAGACCGCUUCCCUUGCUUGCUGCUGACUCACUUCUAAGUUCGUGUCUGACCCGGGGGUGGCGCAGACCUCAGCUCCAGUCAUGCACGCAAGGGACGUCACGGAAGGAACACAGAGGCACAUUUCACUGGACUUAAGUGGAGCGGGGAAAAAAAUACUUCCACUUUAGAAACCAACACUAAAAGGCAUUUUUAGUCACAUUUAUAAGCGUCCUCCUCAAAAAGGCAAAUAAUUAAAGGAUAGGUGUUUGUACAGAUGGGACCUGUCUCUGGCCAUUCCUGCUGGGCUGCGCGUCCAAAGUGCCAGAUCAACUUCACUGCAGUGUGACUUCACCUGUUUUAUAGCCCACAGUACUGAACCUGGAAACAUCGUGGGGAAAUGCUGUUGUGGUUUACAAGAAAAAUGCAAAAUCGCCUUUGUCGUACAUAAAAUUUUCAUCUGUCAGUUUCUACCCCAAAUGAUAUUUCAAAAAGAAACCAAAGUGAUCGCAUCCAGGAAUAGACCUUAAACAAUCUCGUGUUGUUCUUUUGGUUUGCACUGGGAUGCAAAAGAAAAAAAUCCCUGCACUCUCUGUCUUUGUGGCAGCCUGCAUGGAGUGGGGGACUACAUCUGCCGAAAAAACAAAAAAGAAAGAAAGAAAGAAACCAAAGUGUAUUUGUAGAAAUUCCAGGGAUGUCCAACUGGCAAAUAUUUUCCCCUCAUUCUCUAAAGGCAAAGGAUCAACCUAGCAGCAGCCUUAUCAAUAACACAUAGCACGUUAGCACAUAACUACAUAUACUCUGAAGCACUCAUUAUGUAAGCCAUGGAAACUUUAAAUGUAGGACAUCAAUGUUUAAUGUAGGACAUCAAUAGUUUUAUCUUCAUCCUACACGUGACUGAUUCUUUCACUUGUCUUGGCACAAACUCAAUUUUGUUCAACUGAACACACAUUCGAUACCUAUCUAUUAUAGAUGAGGUACUGGCAGGCUCUGGAAGAGAUCAAAACUAAAUAAAUAACAGGACAUAUUACCUGGCCUCAAGAUAUGUGCACGAAUAACAUAAAUUAUAAUGGUAUAGGCACUUUAAGAGAAAAAUGGAGAACCUAGUUUUAGCUCAAGAGAGAAGAUCAGGAAAGAUCCUCCGAAGGAGGCGGUCUAUGGGUUAGAGAGGGGGA